GUCAAGAGAAUCCGAGAAUCAGUUCGCCUCUAUCUUCACCGGGCGCAGUAUUAAAAACGCGUUAUCUUUGUCGUUCAAUUAUUCUGUGUGCAUACCGAGUAAAAUUGUCUAAUAACGAUACGCACCGACCAGCAGUAAUACGUGCCAUGACGUGGUCCCGAUGACUCUCGCAGCCAGCCGAACCGGCGAGCAGUAGUGACAUCUUAUUGUCCGUCGGCAGUGGUGUAGUUAAAGUGAGCGGUGACUGUAAUCAGUCGACCGAAGACAGCCGAACGGCAGUUUCGGCAAGGACCGAAGAGUGAAUUGACCUUUCGAAGAACGAACGCCACUUUGGAGCUGGAAGCUAGUUGCUAAUUUCGAGUCUCGAACAUCUACGUUUGAAAAAUGAGACUCUGCUGGUUGACAGUUUUUAGUAUACUGGCCUGCUGUUAUUUCGGCAAUGGCCUGAGAAUACUUGGCCUUUUCCCGCUUAAUGGGAAAAGCCACUGGGCGAUGGGACAACAACUGUUCUUAGCUUUGGCGAAACGUGGCCAUCAGGUGGACGUGAUCACACACUUCCUCAUGAAGAAUCCGCCGCCGAAUUACAAUCAACUCUCCAUCGAGAACAGUUUGCCACCGGCGGUGAACAGUAUGCACGCGAACGACGCUGUCCAAUUCAAGAACUUGGACUUGUCGUUACUCGUACAGAUGACUGGUACGCGUAUCUGCGAAACGUUGAACCACGAAAACGUUCAAAAGAUCAUAAAAAAUCCUCCGAAUGAUCCGCCGUAUGACCUUAUUAUAGUCGAGAUGUUCAUGUCGCCGUGUUAUCUAGCAUUCGGCCGUCAUCUGAACGUGCCCAUAGUUGGCGUAGUCACUGCGCCGUUCACAGACUGGCUGCAUGUUCCCGCAGGAAACUCGUACAAUCCUGCUGUCACGCCGAGUAUCUUCAGUUCCUAUCCCGAGCGCAUGGACUUCUGGCAAAGGCUGAUGAACACCGUGAUGGUGAUCAAGAUUGGUACGACUAUCAACGGUAAAUUGGAGGUACAACAGAGGAGCUAUGUGAAAAAUCACUUCAACCUGGACGUCUCAAUGGAGGACCUUAUAAAAGACGUAUCUCUUUAUCUGGUCAACUCACAUCACAGCUUGAACGGAGUCAAACCGAGCGUACCGAGUAUCAUAGAAGUAGGCGGUCUGCACGUCAGCGAAAAAGCGGAUCCGAAUUCACCGGAAGUCGAGAAAUGGCUGAAUGAGAGCACACACGGUUGCAUCUUAUUCACGUUCGGCUCCAUGGUGAGGAUCGAAACCUUCCCGAAAGCCUUCGUGGAAAUUCUUUACGCAACAUUCGAGAAGAUUGCACCAGUGAGAGUGCUCAUGAAAGUGGCGAAGAAAGAAGAUCUGUUACCGGGAUUGCCGAAGAACGUCAUGAUUCAACCUUGGUUCUCCCAAAUCUCCGUUUUCAAGCACAAGAACCUAAAGGCAUUUAUAACGCACGGUGGCCUGAUGAGUUUCCAAGAAGCGUUGUACUUCGGUAUCCCAGUAGUCGGCAUUCCCAUUUUCGGUGAUCAAUCCAACAACAUGGAAAAGGCUGCUCGCAAGAAUAUCGGCGUGACUCUCGGUUCACCAGAGAACGUUACCGUGGAAACGCUCUCUCAUGCGCUCAACAAAGUCUUAUACGACGAAACGUAUCGAGAAAAUAUGAAGAAGACCACAGAACUAUUCAGAGAUCGUCCGAUGAAAGCAAUAGAUACCGCAAUUUUUUGGGUUGAGUAUGUCCACCGGCACAAGAACGCGCUGCAAUCGCCUGCCAUAUAUCUCACCUGGUGGCAACAAAACCUCCUCGACGUCUACGGGUUUCUGUUCGCAUGCUUCGCGGCAGUACUUUUCGUCGUUAUUCUCGUUGUUCGAAAGUUAAUGAGACUGUUUCUGGGUUGUAAAUCCUGUUCCAAGGACAGCAAAACAUCUGAGUCGAAAAAACAGAAAUGAACGUGCCUUGAACGCUGCAACCUCAUCGGCUAGGUUUGUGCGCGACAGGAAGUGCGAAAAAAUGGACAAGACGUAAGAAGAACUUCGUGAAAGUCCAGUUUAUGAGAUUUUUCUAUAGAUUCGUUGAAAGAGAAUAAUAAUAAAGAGAACGUAUCAACAUUCAUGGUUGCUUAAGUGAUCACUUACGAAUGGUGCUUUCUCGUGCCAAUUUUAGUCCGUCGAAUUACAAACGCGUUUGCACGUAAAUGUAAACCUUUUUUUAUAUGUAAUAUUUUGUAUAAAUAAAGGCGAUUAAUGUUAUGGAAGAUUUGCGGUCUGUGCUGGACACCCCUGAUGCUUUUUCUAGGACUUAUUCGAAUUGAUCCACAGUUUUGUUACUAUUGUUAGUUUUCUGUAAUGAAACUUCGAAUGACGGUGAUAUAACGAAAUAA